AUGACCAGCGCAAGGACGCUUGGCCUGGCACUUGACGAGCACGUUUCUGCAUACCUCCAAGACCUCGACACAACUUCAACACCAUCAACCCGGCCAGGGUCCCAUGUAUUCGCUUGGGGACACGGAGUGGCUUGGAACGGCGGGGAUAUAGCAGCUGAGUGUUUUGCCGCCUUCACAAAUAUGAAUGAAUGUAUACGUCUUGCCCAGCCUCGACCGUUCGGAGCUUUCACACCGACUUCGUAG